AUGGUGAAGAGUGAGGGAUACGAGGUCGAGGGGGAUGACAGUGAAGAUUCGGAUUCCACCAUAGAGUACCAGCGCAUGGUUGGUGGCAUCUCCAAGCAGCCAAAUUGCGUGUUUCAGAAUACGUACAUGGUUGGAGUGACGCCGCUGAAUUCCUAUGAGCAGGAGCUUAAGCUGGAUGAUGCGCGCAUGCACACGUACUUGAUUCGUGGAGUGGAUCUUCGCAACCUUGCUCCUCCAGCCGAAUAUCGGGCAGAAACAAUAGCUCAUGCGAUGAUCGUUCAGGGGCAGGCCACAUGGGGUCAACUUCAAAGGUUGUUGGAAUCGCUGCCAGGGGACAGCAAUAUGCGGUGGGAACAAUCGGCAAUCAGUGGAGCGCCACCCAAGCGCUUCACGGUCGGUGCCUGGCUACGUGGACCCAUGGCAGGCAUAAACCAACAUGCCAGAAAGUUUCCAUGGACGUGCCGUGCUCUUGCAGCCAUUGUGAGAACCUGGGAUGAAGAGUUGAUGUUUACUGACUGCACGCUCUCGCUGAAUAUUCAAGCACUUCCGCAUCCAGACAGUCAUAAUCAUCCAGCCUCAAUGAACCUAGCGCUACCAUGCAGUGACUGCACAGGUGGGCAAAUCUUCGUUGAGCAUCCCGAAGGCAAAGCUCGACUCCAGCAGGAUGGGGUGAGGGUGAAUGGACACAUACUCUCCACUCGAGAAGCCGUGUCCUUUUCCCCGCGAUGCACACAUGCUACCCUGCCCUGGAAUGGUGAUCGACUGCUCUUGCUAUCGUUCCACAUUGAUACCCCCAGGCGAUUGUGUACUGAUGAUGUUGACGAGCUCCGCCUCAUGGGACAGUUCCAAAAGCUCGGUUGCAGUGCCUUUUCCGACCUGUCGUGUACGACAUCGUACUCCUGCAAAACUGUGCCUAUGAAGAUUCUCACUGAGCUCAUGUUUUCCCAGAUGCUGGACCUGCAGGGCGAAUUCGACCUUCGCCUGCUUGCGUCCUGGCUUCCAGGCAGGUUGCAGAGUCUCGCGCUACAAGUCUCCGAGACGGCUUUGAGCGCGGAGGACCUGGGAAACAUGCUCCUGAGCCUUCCGAGAGAGCUCGAGCACCUGGCCUUAUGCGCCUCCGGCCCAGCCGCCGGCGAUGCAGCCAUGCCAAAGCUGGAGAUCAAUGAGCUGGAUGAGGACACUUCUCCCAGCACCGCCAAGCCCGAGCCCCGGCGAAUUGGAGAGCGCCGCGAUGCCCUGGAUGUGGAGCUGCAGAGAUUGGCCCAAGCAGUGCUUCCCAGGCCUUCAGAUCAGCGAAGUAAGGCCAAGGUCCUGACAGACUUGGAGGACAUCGCCACGGCCGUUCUGGGAACGAAGGCCACGGUGUAUCCCUUCGGCUCCUCGGCGAAUGGAUGCGGCGAGCGGCUCUCGGACAUCGACGCCGUACUUGACAUCGUCGAUGGCUUCGAUGCCUCAGACGCUGGGUUCGUGCUCUCUGCGAUCGAAGAGGCGUGCGAGGACUACGGCUUUGCGGUGGAUGAACUCCGGGCCAGUGCAAAAGUCCCCAUCCUCAUGCUGAGAAAGGACGGCUAUGAGAUCGACCUCAGCUUCGGGAACAUUCUCCCCCUCCUGAACACUCGGCUCCUGCGAACAUACGCCAUGCUGGAGCCCCGGGUGCCUCUUCUGACGACGGCGGUGAAGCGCUGGGCCAAGGGACAAGGUCUGGCGAAGACUUGGGAUCGUUUCAUCUCAUCGUAUGCCUGGACCUUGAUGGUGAUCUACUUUCUGCAGAUCUCUGGCAAACUUCCGUCAUUGCAUGCGCUGCGACAGACUCCUUCGACUCACGCGGCUUUCAACGACCAGUUCGCCACGCCGGACGAGGCCGUGGUAUCCUGGGAGGAAGAGCGUGUGCAGCCUCUCCGUGGCGCGGGGGAUUUGCUGCGAGGUUUCUUCCGCUUCUACGCCGAGGACUUCGACUGGCAGUCCGAGGUGGUGUCUGUUCGCAUGGGCUCCCGCAACAACGUCUCCAGUGUUGACCACGUCUUCCAUCCCAGGAUGCCACGGCGCCCGAGGGGAGGCGGCGAGGAUGGCUGCCUGCACAUCGAGGAUCCAAUCGAGAUCGGCCGAAAUCUGAACUUUGCGCUGACGGGUGACACAUUAUACACUUUGCGCUGGUCCGUGGAUAUGGUGCACGAGCGUUUCCAGGCCGCUAGCGGCCAGAGCCUGGCAGAGGCUCUUCAGCUCAAGCGCGAGCACUUCUGGUUCGAGGACCAACCUGGCCUGCCCCCCCUGCAAAGCAACUGGACGCCCGCGGUGGACGAGGGUUUCCUGGAGAUCCCGAAAGAUCCUGCCCGCAGCCUCUCGAAGGCCUGCGCCUGCUGCGGCCGACGGGGACGCCUUGGAAAGAUGUUGAACCACGAGGCCCGCUGCCGCCACGUGGGUGGCAGUGGCAACUUCUGCUGCGAGCUCUGUGGGAAGUGCUUCGAGACGGAGGAGCUGGCGUUGAGGCAUCAGGAUGUUACCGGGCACUUCGGCGAGAUCGUCUCCAGGGACGAGGUGAUUACCUUCCUGGAAAAGACCGAUGGGAUUCCCGGCCUCCGACGGCGGAAGUUCCUGCGACGUGGCCGAAGGUGA